UCAACCGCCUCGCAUUUUGGCUUCCAAACUCUUGGAGCAAUGGGGCGCUACUCUGGAUAUGCAGCCCCUUUGCUGAAUCACCACUCGAAUACAUUAUGGAGGUGUUGUCGAUGUGCUUUCGUUCCUCCAAAAGCAAUCAUGGCGUCCAGUGCAAACAUGGAUGGCGUCCAGUAAUCGAGCUCCCCUUCGCAUCGGCUGAGGCUCAGCAGCGACGGACGCAUUGGUACUUGGCCCUGUCAGAGAAAGACGCUCGUCACCCGAGUCGGCAUCUGAAGGUGGUGGUGGUGGCAUUCAUGCGAAUCAUGUCACAUCUAGAAGCACAGGACUCCCAUGCUUACACGGACAUGCACGAGAAGUAUAACUUGGUAGUUACGUUGAGUAACCGGCAAUCCAUGGAGGUUGAGUGUUGGUAUAUGUGUCAUCAAAAGCAAGCACUGAUUGCUAAAUGUGGAUCAGGGGCCGUCCCAAAAAGGGACCUUAGCUAGUUUAGUUGGUCCCUUUGGCUGCUGCUGCUGCUGCUGCUGCAGCAGUACAGUAUUAAGAAAGUUGGACUGCCAUUCACCCCGCGAUUGAUUUGACUUUUCAUUCACUCUCCUCCUUCUGCUUGGUUAAUUUGUCAACCUUCCGUCGAACUCAACUCAGACCCCUUACUCCACCCCAAACACCUUCUGCUUCGCCAUCACGCACAUUUGCAUUCUCGAGUCUCUACAAAAUGCGAUCCAAACCAGCACAAUUCGCCAUCAUGGGCGCGGCUGCCCUCUUCUUGAUCGUGAUCUUUGGCCAGAUUGAUUCCAACCGCGGCAAUUUGCCGACCUGGGUUCCAAAAUCCGCGGCCGAUUUCACAAGCAGAAUCUCGGGUUCUCUUGGAAGGGGGAAUAUCAAGUCCAUGAUGGAGACGAGUGAGAAGUUAUGGCGGAAGACGGUGACUCAAAGACACGCUUACCGAGAACGCUUUCCAGACCUGGAGUUGUAAGUUAUCUGGUGGACUCGACAUCCUGUCGUUCGUAUAACGUCAAAGGCUAACGGUAUCUGCCACAGUUUCCCUGCCAAAGACAGCGCAAGUACGAGAACACCCCCACGGAGAUAGCGAGAAAGUACCAACUGACCUUUUGCAGCCUACUUCACGACACCGGUAACGGUCUGGGAUCUGGUGCCUGCUAGGUAUGGAAGCAUAUAUAAUCUCUACACUGAAGAGACUGGCUGAUGACAAGCGUAGCUACAACUGUCCAUGGGAGGUUGAGCGAAUCGGCACAAUGGGAGAUGGAGGGAAAUGGGUAUGUGGCAUGAGUCGCUACGAGAAGACCGACAGACCAUGUAUCAUCUACUCCUUUGGUAUGUCAUCUGCGAACACAAACUGGAAAUAAGAGCCACUUUAAUGAUAGUGCCUAGGUAUACAAAAUGAAUCAAGCUUUGGUACGUUCCAACACCUUUAAGUUCUUCGGAACCCCCAUUGACAGAAUCCCACAGAACAAGAAAUUCUGGAAAGAACGAAAUGUGAGAUUUGGGGAUACGACUACUCAGUCGACGAAUUUGGACCCCAGCUUCAGCCCGAAUACCUUCCGAGAACCCACUUCCUUCGCGCUGCGAUCAGUGCCACCACAGAUCCCAAGACCUCACCACCAUCGUAUUCGAUACAAGACUUGAUGAAGGCGAAUGGCCAUGACUACAUGUAGGUUGCUCCACCUUUUGUUCUAGGCUUAAAUCCCGAAUGCCUACUAACUAUUUUUCUCUUCCAGCGACAUUCUCAAAAUAGAUAUCGAGUACGCUGAAUUUAACGUUCUUUCCUCGCUGAAUGCGUAUACCCUAGAUGUAGGAACAGAAAUGCCUAUCGGACAAAUGCUCAUGGAACUGCAUCUCUUCUCAGCACAAGGCAUUACACUCCCAAUAUUUAUGGAUUGGUGGGAGAGCAUGGAGAAUAGAGGUUUCCGACCGUCUUGGACUGAGCCCAACUUAUUGUCCGUCACCCUCGGCAUAGAUGAUAGAAACCCACGCUUGACAGAGGUAAAUAUCCCGAAUCCCGUCCCCUAGCCGCUUUCUUCCUUGACUCUGUUUCCCCUUUGCCUCUUCUGCUCUGGUAAAAUAAAACGCUGUACUGCGAAUAUUGCUAAUUUGACGUUAGUACACUUUCCUCAACGUCAAGGACAUAAAAAACAAACUUUUCACAUAAGGAACGUAGGGCGAAGCAAAAACUGGCCUCACAAAUACGGCAAUAUGGUGUUCAUUUGGGAGACUUGUACGAUACGGAUGUAUGCAAGCGUAUGGAGUACUUCUUUCGGUUGAUUCUGGAUAUUUUUGCCUGUCAAUGGGCUUGCUUUUUAGGAUUACAUUUGGCUACUGGGAGGUUCGGGUGGUGUACUGGAAAGCGAAAGGCAUGGGAAUCCAAUUGCUUCUAAACCAGGGGUAUGUUUGUUGCUUGCAGAAAGCUGGUAGUACAAAGUGCUACCUUGUUAAUCGAUGAUAUUUAAUGUACAACGAAUGAGGUGAUUUUGGCUAUGGAUUUUGAUUUCACGUGCUAGAAAAGGACAUCUGUAUGUAACUUUUACCUUUGACAUUCCACCUCCAUCGGUUCAUCGAGUCCCGAUGACUGCCUAAUCGCAGAAGUUGCAGUUUUGAUUGUGGGAG